ACAAAAAUGGCCACAGCGGUCCAGAACCCUCCGAAAUCCCCGAUUUAGGAGGAAGAUGAUAGCGUCUUCCACUCCAAUGCCAGGUUGGUAGGCAAACUGAAGUGGAUCCAUUGAUGGACUCACCAGAGGUCAGAGAUGAGCAGGCGAGUGGAGCAGUCAUAAAGAACAGCCUAGGCGAGGAGUUUUAUCGUGAGGCAAUCGAACAUUGCCGAAGCUACAACGCUCGCCUGUGUGCCGAGCGAUCCAUGCGCCUGCCCUUCCUGGACUCACAGACCGGCGUGGCACAGAGCAACUGCUACAUAUGGAUGGAGAAAAACCAUCGAGGCCCGGGUGUGUCCCCGGGGCAGCUCUACACAUACCCUGCUCGCUGCUGGCGUAAGAAAAAACGGUUAAACAUCCUGGACGAUCCACGCCUGGGACCCAUCGAGUUUAAAAUAGAUUACGAAUCUGCACUAAAGAAAGAAGGAGGUGUUCCUGAGGGUCCCGUCCUUGAGUCCCUGCUCAGCGGAGAGUCUUUAGAUAAAAAAGUCGAGACGAAGGAGGAGGAGGCCAUGAGCGAGUGUCAGAAGCUGCUGGUUGGAGACUUUCCUCACGAACUAGACAUGGAAGAAAUGGAGGAAGACGUGCCUAAGCGCAAGAACCGCACCAAAGGACGGGCUUGUGGUGUAGGAGGAAUGAGGAAGAGACAGGAGCCGGCCUCCAUAGAGGACAGAGACAAGCCAUAUGUUUGUGACAUCUGCGGUAAGCGCUACAAGAACCGCCCGGGUUUGAGUUACCACUACACUCACACACACCUGGCAGAUGAAGAGGGUGAAGAAGACUCGGAACGCCACACUCUACCCUUUCAACGCAAGAACAACCACAAGCCCAAAAAAGCAGCAGAUGGCUCGGUCAUCCCCAACGGCUACUGUGACUUUUGCCUCGGAGGCUCUAAGAAGACCGGCUGCCCAGAGGAUCUUAUCUCCUGUGCCGACUGUGGACGAUCAGGCCACCCAUCCUGCCUACAGUUCACCAUCAACAUGACAGCAGCCGUGAGGACUUACCGCUGGCAGUGCAUCGAGUGCAAGUCAUGCAGCCUGUGCGGCACCUCCGAGAAUGACGAUCAACUUUUAUUCUGUGAUGAUUGCGAUCGAGGAUAUCAUAUGUACUGUCUAAGUCCACCAAUGGCAGAGCCUCCAGAGGGGAGCUGGAGUUGUCACCUGUGUCUGCGGCAGCUGAAGGAAAAAGCCUCUGCUUACAUCAUGCUGAAUUAAUCUUCAUUCCAUGUUGGGUUGCAGCCACCCGGCCUCUGCCUCCACAGCCUCAUCACGACAAACCAACAUGGCAGAUUGAACGACAUGCUCAGUUUGCAUUAAAGAAAAAAAAAUACAUUUCAACGACAACACACACACACACACACACACACACACACACACACACACACACACACACACACACACACAUGAAAACACACACAUACACACUGCACCAGUCCUGCAGGGAAUUUGCAGCAAACCACUUCAUGGACAGAACAGGUUUCGCCUUCAUUUCUGCAUUUCUGGUGCACAGCAGACGUGCCUCCUCUUUAUUCGGUCCUAAACCCUCUUCCCCACAUCUGCCUGAUCUUUAUUUAUUUAUUUUUUUUCCCCAGCUCUAUGACUAGGGAGCGAUUUCUAUUGACGCGCAAGUUUAUUCGGCGGUACUUAGCCGAGAGGCGCGACGCGACUCGUCGCUGAAGAGUCCGUUUUUAACGUGUGGCUCAAGAGGGCACUUGAAUGGCAAGAGACUCUGAGAGUUCUCGUUGGGGGGGAAAAAAAUGAGAAAAAAAAAACAACACAAAAAGCAUUGACUGCUGAUGAGGGAAACGGCAUGCGAUUCCAUCGUCGCUUUCGGCUCGCGAAGCACCGCUAAUACUAUUUCUUUUUCAGCUGCCGUGCCGCCCACUCUCUGCAGCCCACUGUGAGAGGUAGACACCAGCAAGUUACAUGACCAUAUUUAGCCACCAGGUCUUACAAAGUGAAGAGCUCAUUACAGCUCCAGCGAGAGAGAUAAAUGAGCCGAUGUAUUAUUCAGCUCCAUUUCUUUUUUUUGUCUUUUUUGAGGUGCACCUUAUGGAGCUCAACACCCUCAUCACCCUCAGAUCGAUUAAAGCGUUGAUCAGAAGACAUUUGAUGGCCUGCGGUCUUAAAAAUUCCCGCUUGGAUUUGCGAGUCUGUUUUUGUACACUGGUGUCGCGGGGUCGUUUUUUCUUCGAACGGAUACCCUUUAAGCUCAAGGAGGUGCAUGCCGGUCAGCUUGGGUGGUACUUUUACGUCAAAAGACGUUCUGCUUUCAAUCACUGAAACUCCAACCCCCUGAUUAUCUUUCUUUUCCUGUUUUUCUUCUCAAAAAGCCAAUAUAAAAUAUUCUCUCUAUGUGUUUGUCAGGGUGUAUAGUAAUGAAUUAUGUCCAGCCUUGUUUUAAAAACAGGGCCUUAAUGUUUGUUCCUUUUUUUAAAUCAUUACUUUGGAUGCAUGUUGUGAUAAUGUUUUAAGAAUUUCACUUUUAAGAAUGGGCGCGGGAAAAAAAACAACAAAAGCACACUUAAUUCGCAAUAAUGUGUUUGUGACCCUCUUGGGGGGGUGAGGUUGUGGAGGGGUUGGGUUUUGCGUCUGUGUGCGUGUGCGUAUGUAUGUAAGUAUGUAUGUAUGUAUGUACGUGCGAGACUUUUUUUGUGGAACUGUGAAACUAGGCAUCGUAUUGGAAAGGCGCAGCGUUUUUGGAAGAUUCUCCAUUACGCCACCGUAUUUCCUUCACCCCCCCUUUUUUCCUUUUUACUAUUUUCUGGACAAAUGAAACGCCAGUUCUGAGACAAACUAUAGCGCCUGUUUUUUUUUGUACAAUGAGCUCUUUCCUAUCUGUGAGUCUGCUUUUGUGUUCUGGGACUUUGUAAUUGCAGUGUGCUUAAACAAAUAAAAAGAAAAAAAAGUAAAAAAAAGAAUCAACCCAGUCAAGUGGUACUGGGAUGCCAGCAUGUGUAUGUGACUUUUGUGCUGAGGCGAUUUUGAACCCAAAGUCCCGUCCAUCUGUGGCCUACCUGAACGAACUGUUUGCGUUUUUAUUUUUUCAGCCCACAAGCUUUAAGUUGGGAGACACUUGCUGUACAUAAACUUUUGCUCUCUAUUUUUUUUUUUUUUUUUCGAACGGAACGUACUUGCCAUAUGACUCCUCGAAAAUGUUAUGACUUCAUAUACAUUAAAAUGUGAAAAACUAAGCUUCCUGGAAAUAUUUAAAAAAAAAAAAAAGAAAAAAAAAGAAAAAAAAACAAUGUCGGGUCAUUUCUAUUUUUGUAUUUUCCGAAACUGUGGUUUUAACCAUUAGACGGUCAUUUGCUUACUAUGAACACAAAAUGGUAGAAAUGUUUCCUGUUCAUAACCAGAUGUCUGGUUUUUCUCCAUCAUUUCCUCCAUUAACUAUUACCAACUCUAUUUUUUAGUACUUUUUGGAGUACUCGAGUACUUUUGAGUGCUUUGUUUAACUAUUUUGCACUGAAUGGGACUCUUUUGGACUUGAAAAGCAAUGAAAAUACAGCCAAACCUUUGCAUGUUGUGAUGUUGCCUUAGUUUACAGCGGAAUUACAAACAGAAUGUAGAUUUUCUUUGUUUUUCUUUCCACCAGAUCCACUACACUACACUCUCAGGCCUCAUCCACAUGUAUACAGAUGUUUUUGAAAACAGUUUUUCUUUGGGUGGAAACAAAAAAACUGCCUCCCUAUUUUAAAGAAUGUGUAAAAGAUUCAAAUUUUGUAGUCAUUUUUAAAAAAUUGCUCAUGCAGGACACAUGACUUCUGACCGGGUUGCUACUUUAUAGUCUGUGAUUUCAUUAUUAUUCAUAUACUUCAUACACUAUAUGGACAAAAGUUUAUGGACACCUGACCAUAAGACUGGUAUGUUCUUUUUGACAUCCCAUUCCAUGCAGGUACUGAUAUACUUGAGUUGAGGAGGCCUGAGGUCCCGUCUGCAUUCCAAUCCAUCCCAAAUGUGUUCAUUAGGGUUCGAGUUCUAUAGCAGGCCACUCAAGAUCUUCCACUCCAACUAUUGGAAAGCACAUCUUUAAAUGGAGCUGGCUUUGUGCACAGGGGUACUGCCCCCUAUUGCUGGAACAUGUUUGGCUUUCCUAGUCCAAGUGAAGGGAGAAAUUCAUGCUAGUGCAUCCAAAGACGUCGUAUACUAUUGUAUUCCUCCAAAGUUUGUGCUGAUCGUUUGGGGAAUAAUCACGUACGGCUGAAAAAAAUCAGACGUCCUAAUAUUUUGACCCAUAUAUUGUAUGAUUGUCAUGUCAGCAAUUUUUUGGAGUUGUGUGACGUUUUUUUUUAAAUCAUUUUUUUUAAUUUUUAAAGUUUUCAGAAAUAUCUUCAUACAUGUGGACACGGCCUUUGACGUUUGAGCAGAAAAGGACAAAAACGAUGUUCUCUGAUUGAAAAAACAACAUGUAUUUUGCUCUGUGGCUGAUGCAUUCCAGAAGAAGGGGUUUGUGAUUAGUAUCAAUGAAGCUUGUUAGUUUGUUGGC